ACUCACGCGCACGUCGUUCUGGAUUAUUAACCGGGAGAGAAAAGAGAUUUUUCUGCGUUUAAAUGUCAGAUGUGAGAGUUUCUGUCAUGAACAAAAAAUACAUUUAAACAACUGAACGUGAUAUCAACGCGAUUAUAAACCUGGAAUAAAUGAUGACGACAUUCACACAUCUGCUGCUCCUUUGCGUCACAGUCGCAGUUGUGUGGUGUGACAUCAAUGAUUCAGAUUGAAGACGUCUGACCAGCAGAUGCCACAGAGAUUAAUGAGAGCUGAAGUUCACGUCCACUCCACAAGACAAAGAGCAUCAGGACUCUCUCAUGACCUCUAGGAUGUGAGGUCACAGUCUGUCGCUGGAGACGGAGGGGCGGAGCUGAUGUUCUCCUCUGUUUCCUGCUGAAGAUGCUCUGCUGUUCAACACAGCUGCUGUUGUAACAGAGCUGAUUGUGACACACCGCCAGUUUCAUCAUCUCUCCUGAUGCAUCAUCUUCAUCAUCCUCCUCAUCCUCAUCACUGGUGUGAGCGGAGCUUCAGAAUUAUCCUUCAUCAAAGAACCCAGUGAUGUCAUCGCUGUGAGGGACCGCCCCCUCAUGCUAGACUGUCAGGUAGAAGGGGAGGGGCCUAUCAUGAUCACCUGGAGACGGAAUGGUGUACCUAUACCUCUGGGAGUGAGAGCGCUGGUGUCGGAGAACGGCACACUCUUGAUUCCCAACUUUCAGAAGCGACGGGGCAGCGACCAGAGCGAUGCCGGCGAGUACGACUGCUCCGCACAGAACCGAUACGGCCUGAUCAUCAGCCGCAAGGCACACGUACAGCUCGCAUCUCUCCCAAAGUUUCACACGCACCCGAAGUCUGUAAGUGUGGAUGAAGGAGGCGUCGCUCGGUUUCACUGCGCUGUGAGCGGCGUUCCUGAAGCCAACAUCAGCUGGGAGAGGAACGGAACGGCCAUAAACAAGGAUGAUAACAGGUACACACUUCUGCCCAAUGGUAUUCUUCACAUCACAGGAGUGCGUCAGUCUGACAGCGGUGUGUAUCGCUGUAUGGCUUCAAACAUGGCAAACACACGCUACAGUCAUGAAGCCCAGCUGUCUGUCACAGUGGCAGGUAAUGGUCUGUAUAAGGAUCCGGUCAUUCUCUCUGGACCUCAGAAUCUCACUCUGAACGUCCAUCAGACGGCUAUACUGGAGUGCAUCGCCACCGGUAACCCUCGACCCAUCGUGUCCUGGAGCAGACUGGACGGGCGCUCUAUAGGUGUGGAGGGCAUCGAGGUGUUGGGCACAGGGAAUCUCAUCAUCUCAGACGUGUCUCUACAGCAUUCUGGUGUCUAUGUGUGUUCUGCUAACAGACCCGGAACCAGAAUGAGAAGAACUGCACUGGGCCGACUGGUGGUGCAAGCUCCCCCAGAGUUUCUGCAGUGGCCUCAGUCGGUGUCUAAAGUGAUGGGCAGCAGUGCUGUGUUCACGUGUCAGGCACAAGGCGUUCCAGAGCCGCAUCUCAUCUGGCUGAAGAACGGCAAGAUUCUCACACCCGGAGGCAACGUCAAACUCACCAACAACAACAGUACGCUGGCGGUGACGCGCAUCACAGCGCAGGAUGAGGCGAUCUAUCAGUGUAUAGCAGAGAAUAGUGCAGGAACUAACCAGGCAAGCGCCAGACUCGCCGUCUCUCGCUCUGAUGAUCUCCCAGAAGCCCCGCAGGACCUCACGGCCACACCGCUGUCCACCACCUCACUACUGAUCCGCUGGAACCAGCCUGAACCUAACGUCAGCGACAGGAUCAUCGGAUACGUGCUGCACAUCCGCAAGCUGGGCGAUCCUGACAGCGGUGAACUUCAGGAGGCCGUAACUAAAGACACAUUUCAACAUGAGUUGAAUAACCUGGAGCCCGCCACCACAUUCUCCAUCUAUGUGAAGGCAUAUUCACCUCAGGGAGCUAGUCAGCAGUCUCCCACCAUCAUCACCACAACACUGGGAGGAGUUCCCAGUAUGCCCAGUUUCUUCACGAAGGUUCUGAACAGCACAGCCAUGCAGGUGUUCUGGGAUCUGCCCAGUAAAGCCGGUCGAGUGGAGGGAUAUAAACUCUCUCAACGCAUGAUAACACAACAAGAGACCACAACUGAAGAGCGUUUCCCCAGCCAUAUCAACACACACACCUUCUCUAACCUCGAACCUGCAGCCGUGUAUGAGAUCCAGCUCACAGCCUUUAAUGGAAAUGGUGACAGCAUCAGCAACAAACGGCUCGUCUCAUUGGCUGAGACAGAAAAGAGCAGGAAAGAUGCAGCAGGUGAGAGUUUGUGUGACUGUCGUCAGGACUCUGAUUCUUCAGUCACGGGGAUCGUGGUUGGCAUUCACAUCGGUGUGGCCUGUAUUAUAUUCUGUGCUCUCUUCCUCAUGUUUGGAUAUCAUCACAGUUUCUUCUGUCAUAAGGGUUCUCUGGGCAGCUGGAGUCUCCCUGGAGGACAAACUGAUUCACACAGACGCUCCACCACUAAAGAGACCACCGUCUGUACUGCUGACGCUGUUGAGCUCAUGACACAGGGCGUGUCAGCGGGAUAUCAGGCAGGUCACAGUCAGUGUCGGGUCAUGAUUGAACCUCAAUGCCCAGCGGGCACCAGCACGGGUGAGGGCAAUGGAACAGGGUGAAGAGACCUCCAUCCCCAUCAUCCCCCUGGGCUGCACACACACACACACACACACACAGUGAUGCUGCGGGAAAUUCAGGACACAGUCACAACAUUUACUUGGCUAAUGAGUAAUAAGACUGAGAGCUAAAGAAACACAUUGAAAUGAACCCUCUCAUACCAAUCUAGACUUCAAACUUUUAUCUAGAGAUCAACUCAAUGACAGACACCGUGCACUCGUGCAAAAGGGUUUUGAGACAGAAUAUUUAUAGAUCAGAACAGAUAUGAGCUCAUCUUUGAUGCUUUAAAAUACUGUAUAGAUAGGCAGCUCACCUGGCUUUGAGUGAGAGAGAGAGAGAGAGAGAGAGAGAGAGAGAGAGAGAGAGAAAGCGAGCUACUGUCUGCUAGAGAGCCAUUAGAGAUGUUCCUCAACACAUUUUGUGGAUGUUUACCCUGUGUGAGUGUGUGUUUGUGCAGCCUCAGACCCCGCCCCCUUUCCUUAAACCCCUUCACCAAAACAUCCAAAGACCUUCGACUGUCCCGUCCUGCUGCUGAUGAAGCCUCUACCUCAAACCGAAAACACAGUGACGGGAUCCUCCGUGUGGACUGUUGAAGAAUUCUUUCAGCGUUUGGUCUGGUGACUGAAGCGUGUUCUCUGUGAAGAGAAGGACAUCCAAAGAACUUGUGCUUCUCUUUUCACUCCACAAUGUUUUCUUUCCUUCAUGUACGCCGACCACAAACCAAAGCUAAACUCUCCCCGCACUCUACAACACCACCACACACCUUCUGUUCUAGAAGACUAACAAAGCUUAAAUGUCAGAGAUAUUUUCAUAUGAUAUUAUACCAAAUGAGCAAAUAGCGGUUAGUUGUUAGUGUUGAGAAAACCAAAUACCUCGUAAGUGUUUCACAUGAACACACCUGAUGCCAGUUCUCAUGUUGUGUUUGUAUUUGUGUGUGUUUUAUGGUUUAACAUACACACAUACACACACACAAACACACACACAAGAUUGACUCGUCUUACCAAAAUAACGUUUGUAGGAUUCACACGAAAAGUCUUUAAACGUUUAGGACUCUGAUUCUUGUUGAACAAAGAGAUGAAACAAAACAACAAGAUUAGAAAACUGAGGCCAAAUUUUGAGACGAAAGCGUGAAAGUCGUCUGUUCUCUUGGAGAACUUUUCCUUCAUGAAGUUUCCCACUGAUGAAAGAUAAUUUUUCUCUUAUUUUGGGAAGUUUUGCCAAAACAGAGUUUUAUAAUGUUAUUUGUAUUGUUGUGUUUUAAUUCAGCUUUUAAUUCCUUUCAUUUUUUUCAGUCUUUCUGUAGAAUGUAGUUUGAGAAUUGAAAAGCAAUAGAAUGUUGAACAAGCGUUUCCAAAAGUGUCAUUUUAGUGUUCGUUGAUGAUGUAAAGACUUCACUUUAAACUCAACAUUAAAAUACCUCGACUCAGUUUGCUGCUUCACCUGAUAUGAUCUGAACUAUAUCUUUUUUACGCAGUAUUUUUGCCUUGUUUUACAAUACAAAUACGUGAACAUUCUUAAAUCAAAAUACCUUUAUUUUUCUUAACGUCAUUUUGCUGAUUUAAGAAUGUUUUGACGUGUCUCAACAUGUCUAUUGUUUAGAAGAGAUUGUCUUAUUUAGUCAAAUAGAUUGAAUAGUUGAUUCAAAUGCUUGUACCAAUGAGAAAAGUGCCGCUUUAACUUUUGUAUUUUUCUUUUCUCUUAAACUGUCUGAACCAAACGCUGGUGUAGCUUUAACCUGCUGUUAUUCUGCUACACUAGCUGCUCAGAAUCUCACAUCAUCAUCGUCUUCAUCACUUGACAUUACAGAUAGAUUUCUGUUCUGAUGUGAAACGAGAGUUUUAUUCUCCUGAUGAAAUGUGUUGGUCAGAUUCUGGGCUGUGAUUUUCUUCUCUGUUUGUUAGUUGCUCAUAUUGAAACUUAUGUGCCAAAUAAAACAG